CCUUUAUAACUGGAAAAUUUUGGUAAAUGUUCAAGAAAUCCACCAUCCUGGCAUUACAAAAUCUUAGAAUUUUGAGAUACAUCGAGAUUAAAUUUCAUACUGUAAUAGCUACUAUCGAUUAGCUCCAUGUUAUUUUUAAAAAUUGCAGAUAAUUGAUUACUACACUUCUUUGUUAUCAUUGGCCAGAUGAGUUUAAAAUUGUUGUUUUCUAUUGCAAAUGUAGGUAUGUCCUUCUUAAGCCAGUGAAAUGCUAGUGUAAUUCUUCUUUCUACAAUUUGAUGACUUUUUGGGAUCAGCCUUGUGCUCCAUUUUCUUGUCCUUUGUAGUCCAAUUGGAAAUUUUUUGUAGAAAUUUUAUAUAAAAUUGAUCUGCUGCAGAUUUUGAUAGUAGCCUCUCACAUUUUGCGACUGCUCAUUCUUGCUGAUUAUUAUUGGUGAUUGCCUCUUAUGUAGGUCUUCAAGACAUUAAGAUCCGAGACGUAAUUUGAUAAAUCCUUAUGAUACCAAACAUCUAUGUCUCAUUUAGAGAAUCCUGAUAGUCCUGAUUUUCCAUUUCACUGGGGUGAAAAGGGUGAAUUUCUUGAGGACAAAUAUGUCCAGUUUUACAAGUCCUUCACUUACUAUGAUGAGGAGUAUUUUCUAUAUGAUUCUGUCUACCUAUAUGUGACGUGUCAGGACAUACCUUUUAUUGGAAAAAUUUUGGAAAUAUGGGAGCAACAAAGUCAUGACAGGAAAGUUAAGAUUUUGUGGUUCUUCCGCCCUAAUGAAAUUGUGAAUUAUUUGGGAGAUCAGGUACCCUUGGAGAGAGAGAUAUUCCUGGCAUCUGGCAACGGUCUUGGACUUUGCAAUGUUAACCCACUGGAAGCAAUAGCUGGCAAAUGCCGUGUAAUCUGCACAUCAAAAGACCAAAGGAAUCAACAACCUUCUACUCAAGAAUUGGAAAAUGCUGAAUUCAUUUUCUUCCGCACUUUUGAUGUUGUUAACUUCACAAUAUCUGAUGUAAUGCCUGAUAAAAUAUCUGGAGUCAAUGUAAAGUAUCUUUUAAAUCAAAAGAAGGACCAGGAAGCUUUUCUUACUAAAAGUAAAACUUCUACAAGUGUGGCAGAAGAUCGAUCUCAGAAGAAGCUAAGACUGACUGAUAAAUCAACAGACCCAUCAAUUAAUUUACUGACAAACAAAACGGUUACUGGUUUAAAGGAAUUGAGAAUUGAAUGUGGUGAAGAAAGUGAUGUUGCUCUUAAAAAAUUAGAGCUUGGUAAGUGGGCCAAGUAUGAUGAACUCCAGUUAAAAAAAGAUCCGAAUCCAGUCAGGAAGGAUACAGUGAUUGACCACACAUCAGAUGCUAGCAGAAGCCAGUUUCUGGACAGAAGAAAAUGGUUUCAACAUUCAUGGGAAGCACAACUGGAAGCUGCUAAUCAGGGAGGAAGACUUGUGCUGCUUGGAAAUUUGGACCCAUCCAUCACUUCGCAAGAAAUAGAGGAUAUCAUGUAUAAAGUUUUUCAGCAACAAUGUCAUGUUAAGGUCAUACAACAAGCUACAUUUCAAAUCCACAACUAUGGUCAAGCUUAUGUGAUUUUUAAAGCAAAAGAUAGAGCAGAGCAAGCAGUUAAAGCUAUCAAUGGUGGAUGUCUAAUGCUAUCCCAAGAAAGACCCCUUGUUAGCAGUAUUGGAAUGCUGAAGAUUCCAGCAAAAGCAUCUACUUUGGUCGGUCAUUUGCCAACAUACAGAGGAAGAUUUCAAGUUCAGCGGGAGGAAAUGAUAUGUGCCGUAUCUACAUCACAUGGUUCUCAACCAAACACAAUGGAGUAUGACUUGGCGUUGGAGUGGUUUUUGUUGCAGGAUAAAUACCUCCUAACUCAGAAACUGCUACAUGAGAGCCAGCUCAAGGAGAGGAUAUACUUCAGGAAUCACCUUAAAUCCAAGUAGAGCAACAGGUUUGCAUUUGUCAGUGUUGCAUCUCCAAUAUGAAUUACACACUUCCAAUAGCUCAGUUACACAGUGGAUACAUAUCAGUCAGAAAUCUCAACUCUACUGCUCACAGCUUAUCAAAUUUUGCUCAAACAGAAUUUCUUUCUUUUUUUUUUCUUUUUUUUUUUUGAGAGGUGGUGAAUGCUGUCUGAACAAUUUUUUGAAUUUGCAUCGUUGACCUUUCCUUUAAAAAAAUUAUUUUUUUCUCAAAGUAAAGCUGCAUACAUCUCAGCUCUGUAAUUUGAUUAACAAUAUCAAAGGGGCUGUCAGGGG